AUGGACGUAUCGUACCCAGGGACCCUGCACAAUUAUGCGCCUCGCUUGGUAGCGUUCGAAUUCAACUCAUCCAGCACCUCCAAGCCGCACAGCUUGCUCUUCAUCGGCGGCCUCACAGACGGUCUCUAUACAGUUCCCUACGUCCAGGAAAUUGCAAAGGCCCUAGAGCCAACCGAAUGGACUAUUUUUCAUCUCCACCUCUCGUCUACCUAUGGUGGCUGGGGAAUAGGCAGUCUCGACCGAGACGUCGAAGAGAUCGGCCAAUGUGUUGACUAUGUCCGCAACCUGAAGCAGAAGACUACCGGCAGUAAUGGUGCUGGGAAGGUCGUCAUCAUGGGCCACUCAACGGGAAGCCAGGAUGUUCUGCACUACCUGCACUCGGCGAACCCGAGCCCGCGCAACCCCGAUGUUGACGGCGUACACGGCCUCGCCCGCCCGGCUGUGGACGGUGCGAUCAUGCAGGCACCAGUGUCGGAUCGGGAGUCAAUGCUGCAAACCACAAAGGAGAGCUCGGAGGCCCGUGAGGCGUAUGAUAAGCUUGUCAGAUUUGCGCGGGAGCAGCCUGCCCGCGCGAUUUGUCCUAUUGAACUUUCGGGUCUGGUCGGUAUGGACCCUGCCACGCCGGUAAAUGCAAGAAGAUUUUGGAGUCUUGCGAGUCCGGAGAGCCCUAAGAAGCCGUCUGAAGAUGACUUGUUUAGCUCGGAUUUGACGGAUGAAAGGCUUGGUGAGACGUUUGGGCAGAUUGCCGCGCGAGGCUUGCUGCGGACGACUCUUGUGGCGCUUUAUUCUGGCAACGAUGAGUAUGCCCCCGCCGGGGUUGAUAAGAAGGCGCUAUUGGAAAGAUGGAAGCGUGCAGCAAAUGCGGGAGGUGAGAAGAAGUGGGAUGAUGAGGCUAGUGGAAUCAUUCCAGGGGCGAGCCACAAUGUCCAAGACGAAGGCCAGGCAUGGAUGAUCAAACGCAUCCUGAGCUAUCUCAACCGGGUUGCGCUCUAA